AUCGCUGAACCAACGAGCAAUUUCGUUUGGUUUUCCGAUGAUGUGCAACUUUAAAGUUUCACGUGGCAAAACAUGAAAUGGGUCUUAUGACAUUGUAUAUUAUUAGGUUCGAAGUCAGCAACAACAUGCUAGCAUGAGACAGUGAGAACAAUUCUUAGCCAUGGGGAACACAGAGGUUCAUGAUGUUAAACCAUGUCCGGAAGAUUUCAAACGAGAGCUGGAUUUAAGUUGUAAAAUGAAUUACAGGAGUUAUUGCAAAGUUAGUGAUAUAAAAUUAUGGUAUAUGAAUGGAGAAUAUCCAGAUCAGUGCCUUUUAGAACUUCCAUGGACCUACAGAGACUCUGUGAGUUUAUAUGAACGAUUAAUUCUUUGUUUUAAUAAAAUUUCUUCACUUCCUCCAGAACUUCCUUUUCGACUCCCACAUUUGUCUUACUUGGACCUAAGUCAUAAUCAGCUGACAUGUCUUCCAGAAAGUAUCUGUUUGCUCUUUCACUUAGAACAAUUGUUAGUACCCUAUAAUGCACUGAUGAGUCUUCCUUCUUCCUUACAUAAAAUGGACAAACUUUAUAAAAUUGAUUUGUCCAAUAAUUCACUAAACAGCCUUCCUGAGAACUUGGGUUAUAUGAAAGCCUUAACCAAGCUAAAUGUUAGCCACAAUAACCUGCAGAACCUUCCACUGUCUCUUGGUGCCUCCAAUACCCUCGAUGUUAUCUUGGCUCGGGGAAAUAAAUGUAAGUCUCAGCCACCACAGGUCAUUUGUGAAGAAGGAUCUAAUUCUAUACUCAGCUUUCUGCGAAAACUGGUACUUCCUACUGCAAAGGUGCUUCUCUCUGAUGAAAGUACAAAUGUAUUUGACCGAGUUCGUGGGAACCAAGCUUUUUCUUCAGUGCUAAAUCCAGGAUCUGCACGUGCUCAGUAUAUUAAAAUGCAGACAGAGACAAUGAAUACAGCUAGCCGUAUUCGAACCCCUUUACUUCCUCCUUACAAUGCCACUUUGUUGGAGCCAGAUGAGCUUAGGGAUCGUAUUGUAGGAUUAAUAUAUGGAGCAGUGAUAGGUGAUGCCUUAGGUAUAGCUACAGAAUGGUUAGCACCAGAUGAAUGUGAAUUCUAUUACAACUUAGAAGAUUUGGAUUAUAGCAAAAUCAUUCAAGAUGAUCAUCGAGUCCACUGGAAGAGAGGAGAUUGGACUUCUAAUGGAGAUCAGAUGUUUCUAGUGCUAGAAUCAUUGCUUCAGUGGGCUGGAGUCAUUGAUGAGUUAGAUUUUGCCAGUCGUUUAGCAGCUUGGAAGAAACAGGGAUUUCUAGAACUAAAUGACACAGAGGGUUACACUCAAUCUCAUACAAUCAAUCUUGCUCUUCAGAAAGAAAACUAUGUCAGAAAUCCCCAUCAAGCAGCUAUUGAGCUGCUCCAAAACAACCUCUGUUUUAACUCCUACAAUGGCAGCUCCUCACCGAUAUCUGUAGACUCCAACACCUUUUCUGACAGUGGGGCUCUUUCUAGAGCUGUUAUUUUAGGCAUUCCACGAUUCCAUGACCUACAAGAAGCAGUAUCAAACUCUGUACGCAUUUGUCAAGCUACUCAUGCAGAUCUACGGUGUAUAGCAGCAUCUGUUGCAGUGUCUGUAUGUGUGUCAUUGAUGCUACAGGGCCAAUAUGAUUUGAUGAAAACCUCCUCACUUGAAGAAAUGAUUGCAAAAGUACGAGACACAAGUAUCAUCCAUUUAAACAGUUCAGAACACAGAGAUGAGCUUAGAAAAUAUUUUAGCUGUUUUACAUUAAAGAGUGUGCAGCUGAAUGAGAGUGGAAAACAGAACUAUGCUUUCAAACCUUUAGCAGCUGGACUGGUAUCAUUACGUUCACACCAGGAUUUCAAGUCAGCAGUUAGCCAAGUAAUUAUGGAGGGAGGGCAUGCAAGCAUAAAUGGUUUCAUUACUGGUGCUUUUCUUGGAUGUAAAGUAGGAUUUUCCUAUCUUCCAAGGGAUUGGGUUACUGGAUUGAAACAUAAACAAGUUGCUUGGCUAAAUGAAAAAGUCAAUGCUUUGCUAGACAUAAUGGGCUUACCUUAAAGGAAGAAAAAUGUAAAUGACAGAAUUAAUAGCAAAUAAUUUAAGAUGUAUAUUGUUCCAGAGGGCUAUUGUGUUUGAUGUUUAUUAGAAUUUUUUUAAAGUGUUUCCUAGCUUCUGCAAUCAGUUUUGAUAAUUGAAUCAUAUAGAAGAAUAUACUUUAGAAAAUAUUAUUUAAAAGUGAAUAGAUAUAUUUAUUUUGUUUAUAUUUUUAAAAUUUACUUGAAAUGAAUUUUUAGACAAAGCAUUUGUAUAAAAUAUACAUAAAAUAACUGCUUUAGUAACUAAAACAGAAUUUAUGACAUUCAAGAUUGAUAAGUCAGGUUAACGUGAUAAACUGCCCAAAUAAGACAAUGCUGUGUCUAGAAAUUCAGAUUUCAAAAUUUUAAUGUUAUACUGAAAGAUACAGCCAUGUCAUGUUCUUUUAAAAUGAAAGUUUUAAGUCUUCUUGUGUAUUUUUUAACUUAAAAUUUAACUGUUUGUUUUCUGUCAUCAUGAAUUUGAAUUUUGAUUGGUUAAAAUUAACCCAGAUGAAAUUAUUUUGUUUCAACUCAGUGGUUUAAUGGAAACAAUUCCAUUCAAAUAACUUGACAAUGCCUAAGUGUUAAAUUUUUUAACAGGUUCAUACUUUAUUUUAUACUUUUGCUUCCUCAAAAUGGUGGGAAAGGUUCUCCUACAAAUAUAGAUAAUUGUUUGAAACUUAAUAGCAAAAAUAAGUAAAUUAUUGUUUAUAACCCAGUCAUAAAACACUAUUUUCUAAUCAGUUGUUUUAAUUUUUCAUAGAUUUAGUUAGUAAACAUGAUGAAAUAAAACUUAUUAUAGUUACUUCAGUGGGAUAUACUAAUUGGAAUAUAGCUGGUGGCAUUUGAUCCCUUCAGAAUUAGUAAUUUUGAAACAAAGGUUUGCAUGUUUAAAUAUAUGAAAAGCUAUGUUUAUGUUUCCAAUCUUUGAUCAACAUAUAUCCAUAAAGUUUAAUAUAAACAUUUACUUGCAAAGCCACUUGUACUGUUUUUCUCUAAACACAGUUAUGGUUGAGGCAUUUCUUUUCUCUGCUUUCAUUGAAAACAUUUUCUUUUACUUCCUUUUAGA